AUGCUAGGAACGAAGUUACAAUUACCAACGUAUACAUUACGAUCCCAUACCAAUCCGGUAACAUGUUUAGCAUUGAUACCGAAUAAUCGUGACCCAUCGCUAAUACCACCAAAUUUGAUCUCUGGUGAUAGUAAAGGACAAUUAAUCAUAUGGGAUUUGAUAACCAGAAGACCAAUAUAUCACUUCCAAGAAUGUCCAAAGGGUCAAAUUGUAUUUAUACAAAUAUUAGAAUCUGCUACUCUACCAAUAGUUGGUCGCCGAAAUACGACAUUGAUUGCAAUCCUGUCUAAGGAUCAUAAAUUACGUAUUUACUCCUACGAUCAUAUGUUCAAUGGGAGUCAGAAUAAUAUUCGUUGUGAAUUAAGGUUUCAUGUUCCUAUAAAUACACUGAAUUUUGCCAAUUUUACCAUCAAACCGAUGUCAUUUAAUGAUAAUCAUGAGAACGAAUGUGACGAAGAAGAAUGGUUCCAAUUAUAUUGUUGUAAUACACAAGAUUCAGAAUGUAUUGAUGUCUAUAAGUUUAAAUUAGAUGAAUUACAUUCUUUGAAAAGACAAGUUAAUGCAUUAAAUUUGUAUCCUUUAAUCAUCGACCUAAUUAAGAUUGCUACUACUACUACUACUACAACAACAAAUGAUAAAACCGUUAAGAUAAAGAGUCUUGAUAAAUUGGGGAUUAUAAUGAAAUUUGUGAUUAAUCCAAAGAAUAAUGUGAUAUAUAUUGGGUUUGAAAGUGGGUUUGUCAUUGGUAUAAAAGUUUAUGACAGGUUACAAGUCAGAAGGAACGAUGACAGUGGCCAUAUUCAAUCAUCUCCAAAUGCUAUUGGGAAACAUGUUCGCACUACUAAUGUUAAUGAUAGUAGUGGCAGUGGAUUAAGUAAGUUAUUAAAGCAGGCACAACCUGAGAAGACUCAGCCAACAUUGUCUUUAGCAAAUGACCAAUCGGUGAAAACAUAUCAAGAUAUCAUCGAAAUUGUUUAUGUAUCAUCAUUCCAUUACCCAAAUCCAAUUUUAGAUUUAGAAAUUAAAAAUGAUAUUUUAUUAAGUUCAUCCACAACGGGACAACUAGGAAUACAUAAUGUUUCGAAUUUAGCAAUGAAUAAUGACACAACAUUAGACUCUAGUGAAUAUCGUUUAUCAAAGUAUAAGGAUAUGAAUAUAAUACGAAGAAAUAACUUACAAAUAAAUAAUAGUAAUGACAAUGCCGAUUCAAUUGACAUUAAGACAACGAAUAUAAACCAUAUUCAACAGUUAAAUGAUUUUUUAUUAAUAAGUAAUUGGAAAGGUGAAACCUUAGUCGGUUCAUCAUCACGAGUAAUAAAGGGUGAAGCUUUUGAAUCAUUAGUUAAUUUUUCUAAAGUGAAAAGUACUGUCAAGAUCAUUGAUUCAUCUAAAGGAAGUUUACAAAAUACGAGUAAUGAAGAUAGGAAGGAACCUAAAUUUUGUAAGAUUGGUUGUAUGAUUGGAAUCUCAUCGUUGCCCGCUGUAGAGAAUGGAAAUAGAUUGACCUCGCCAUCUUCAUUAACACCAUCAUCGUCCGUAUCAUUAAAUGUGGGUCAGAUGAGAAGAAUUACAAAAUUUAAUAAUUCGUCAUGGUGUUUUAUCGGUUAUGAUGAUGGAUCCAUUGCAUUGCAUGAAUUACUGAAAGACAAGUUAAUUAAAUAA